UAUUAAAGCCACUGCAACAAUAAGGAGUUAUUACCAUUAAUUUGGUAAUAAUGAUGUAAAAUAAUAAUAUAUUGUCAGCUGUUUAUUACAAUAUUAUAUAGCUUAACACUCUCUGCAAGUCUACAAAAUACAUAUUUUAAGAAUAAAAUGUAUAUUAUCAUAACCGUCGCGUAUUUAAGAUUUUUUUGAUAUAAAUUCGAAAUUUUUAAGUUCGAUAUGGAAUUCACAGUGAUCAACGCUGACGUCAUACAGUCUGGGCGAGAUGACGGAUAUCAUAAUGAUUCGGAUGCUACACGGACAUUUGAACACGUCGGAUGUCUGGAUCUCAGUUGUUCAAAUAUACUUCAUAUAGCCAAUUUGUGUUUGGUAUCGUCAUCCAAUCUUACGUCAUUAAAAUUACCCGUUAACCGUAUUGAAAAAAUUUGCAAUCUCGAUUCCUUUAUUAACCUUGUCGAGUUGGACCUUUCUCAUAAUAAUAUAAAGCAAAUCGAAAAUUUACAGGGAUUAAUUAAAUUGCGGCGUUUGAUUUUAAACCACAAUCCAUUGACGAAAAUACAAAAUUUGGAUAGACAACGCGAUUGUUUAGAAAUGCUAGACAUAGGGUUUUGCCAAAUAGAUGAUUAUAAAUUUACUUUGUAUCUAAAAAAAUUUACAAACCUCAUAUCGCUUGUAGUAGAAGGUAAUCCGUGCCAAAUAGAACCAAUGGACUCGGAACGGACAUUCAUACUGUCAAUUUUACAAACGUUACUGGUGUACAAUAAUAGAACUAUUACAGUUGAAGAAAGAAAAGAAGCUCUCGACAUCCACAGUCAACUGAUUACUAUGCUCGACAAAAACGACAGGAAAUGGAAACGAAUGUCUGUGGACGAACAAUUGCGACUGGAACGGAUGGCGGACAGAAAGGACGCGUUUUUAGAUGGAAUCCCGGAAGACGAAGACGUCGAUUUCAACGUAAGCGUAUUUCGAAACACGACUGUAGAACAUGUUCUAAUGGAAAACGGUCGUUACGGGAUCCAUAACGUCUACAGAACGUACGCAGACGACUUCAGGCGAAUGAUAACCGAAUUAACGGAAGCUGCGGAAACUAGUCGUGGGAUCCGUUCUCAAAUGGUUAAUAAAUUUCAAGGAGAGCUGCGGCAAUUGAUCGACAACGGCGUGGAGGAAAGCAGAAAAUGUGUUUCGGAGUUAGCGGAGUAUAAGAAACGUGUGAGAUGCGAUUUUCCGAUAGGCAGCGACGACGAUGGAAAUCCAACAACGAACGAUAAUAUCGCGUGCGGACGGUUCGAAGAGAGGACGCGUGCGACGUGGCUUACGCUGAUGAGCCACGAAGACAAAUUGUCUAGGAAAAUAACGAAAAUGAUUGGUCAAUUGCGGGACGUACUCGAAAAACAGAUUAUCGAAUUCAAAGAGCUGGUCAACAAUCGAUUUUGUAUGCUGCAAAGACAGCAAAAUAUAUUUUUACAGUUUAUUUUAGAGUAUGCGGUGUCUUCAGUGCAAAGUGAUGACAUAAACAAUAGAAUAAGUAAAGUGUCACAGUACACUAACGAUAUUUCUCAAUGUAUGGAAUCGCAAGCUUCGCAGGUAGAACGCGCUGAACUAUACAUAACAGAAAGUGCUUCCAGAUGGUUAGACGACAUAUUUGACAAAUUGAACAGCGGAGAAAUCCAAAGAAAUCGUCGAAAGAUAUCAGAAAUCGCUACAUUUAUCCGUUAUCAAAACGAAAUAUCGAAAGUAACAGAGUCUUAGCCGUUAUAAAAGUCUUACGAUUUAAGUAGUUUAUUACUACCUAUGUUAUAUUGUAAAAGUCCAAAGAUAUAGUGCAUUGUCGAAAUGUUGACAAUCACAAGUGAAUUUUAAUAUUCACUAAACUUAGUUAGUGUACCUAUAUAUUAAAUGUAUGAAAUAUUUCUUAUUUUUUAAUAUUUUAAACAUUAAAUGGUGAAUGGUAAACCCUA